CGCAGGGGCCGCCCCGCCGGGCUCCGAGGCGCGCAGCGCCCAUGUUCCCACUUCCCUGGCAGCCGCUGUCCGCGGCGCCGCCCGCUCCCCGCCCAUCCCGGCCCGCCGCGCUCGCAGAGGCCGCCAUGGGCACCGCGGGCUGGCUCGCGCUGGGCGGCCUCCUCGCUCUGGCAGGGCGGCUGGAAGGCCGGCUGGUGGGCGAGGGGGAAGCCGCCUUCGGCGAGUGCGACAAGUUCUUCUAUGCCGAGACCCCGCCCGCGGGGCUGAUGGCUGAUUCCCACGUGAAGAUCUGUCAGCGCUCCGAGGGCGCCGAGCGCUUCGCCACCCUGUACAGCACCCGGGACCGCAUCCCCGUGUACUCCGCGUUCCGCGCGGCGCGCCCGGCGCCCGGCGCCGCCGAGCAGCGCUGGCUGGUGGAGCCGCAGAUUGAUGACCCCAAAAGCACCCUAGAGGAGGGGGUUGAUGAGGCUGAGGCUAUCACCUCUGUGAAUAAUCUGGGAAGCAAGCAAGCCUUGAACACAGAUUACCUUGAUUCUGAUUACCAAAGAGGACAGCUGUACCCGUUCCCCCUUAGUGGUGAUUUCAAGAUGGCUACAUUCGCUCUCACAAAUUCAGCUCCAAUGACUCAGUCUUUUCGGGAACGGUGGUACAUGAAUCUCAACAGCCUAAUGGACCAGGCCUUGACACCACAGUGUGGCAAUGGAGAAGACCUAUAUAUCAUCACAGGCACGGUACCCUCGGACCACAAAGUCAAAGACAGAGUGAUGGUCCCUGAGUUUGUUUGGUUGGCGGCCUGCUGUGCUGUCCCUGGAGGAGGCUGGGCCAUGGGCUUCGUCAAGCACACCCGGGACAGUGACGUGAUAGAGGACGUGAUGGUAAAAGAUCUUGAGAAGCUGCUUCCAUUUAACCCUCAGCUGUUCCAUAACAACUGUGGUGAAACUGAGCAAGACACAGAGAAAAUGAAAAAAAUCCUGGAAAUGGUUAACCAAGUCCAGGAUGCAGAGCGAGCAGUGCAGUCUCAAGAGCGCUCUGUUCUCCUCUCCAGCACCAGGAACAAGAGGUCUGCUCUGUCGCCUCCAGAGGCAUCUGAGAGAAGUAGCAGCUUUUUGGGAGGACUCACGGGCUUCAUUGCUACCCCUUUCAUCAAGCUUUUCCAGUUGAUUUACUGCCUUCUGGUAGCAAUCCUGAAGAGCAUUGUCUAUUUCCUGUGGUUUGUUACCAAGCAGGUGAUUAAUGGCCUAGAAAAUUGCCUUUACCACCUGGGAUCAGCCACCAUCUCAUACUUUGUGGCCAUUGGCGAAGAGUUGGCGAGCAUACCAUGGAAGGUGCUCAAGGUCAUGGCCAAGGUUAUCAGAGCUGUGCUCCGGAUCCUUUGUUGUCUACUGAAGGCUGUUUGCCACGUUCUAAGCAUCCCUGUUCGAGUCCUUGUGGAGGUGGCCACUUUCCCUGUGUAUACCAUGGGCGCUAUUCCCAUUGUGUGCAAGGACAUUGCAGUGGGGCUUGGUGGUGUUGUCUCUCUGCUGGUUGACACUGCUUUUGGCACCAUGGGUGGCUUACUUCAGUUUGUUUUUAGUGCCUGCAAGAGGUUUGGCUCCAAGGUUACUUUCGACAAUUCUGGGGAAUUAUAGAACUCAAAAAUCUAAUCGUGUGUACGCACAGUGAAUUUGAAAGCUACAGUAUUUUGUCUUUAGAAUGGGUUUCUGUUCCCUGUUGGUUUCAUUAUAUUUGAGGUUUUGGUGGGGGUAUCUGCUUGUGUUUUGCAAUUUAGACUUGACACAAGAGAAAUGCUCAGGGUGAGAUGAAAUGUCCUGACCUGCUGUGUUCCUGCAGUUACAUGUGCACGCUCACAAGCCACUGAGAACUGCAGUUCCUCAGCCUGGCACAGAUGACCACCUGAAAUGCUCUGGUGUUCAUUUGUGAUAAUUAAAAAUUACAGAAGAGGGAAUAAUUAGGAAGAAGACAACUUUUAACGCAAGGGUUUCUGAGAAAAGGAGAAUGGAAUCUUAUUCCUCCUAUUACUCUUGGAGACUUCAGGCAAAACAGAUAAAAAAAAAAAAAAAAAAUCUACAGUUUCUUGGCAUUUGCUUCUCUUUCUCCCUGACUUGGAAUGAUCUUGAUGAAGUGCAGAUGAUGCUCCUCUCCUGAAAUAACUUCCAUAAGGAUAUAGAAUUUGCUGCAUCUCAUAGCUUUCCAUGGUUCCCAAGGACAUACAAGGUUUUAAUUUUUUCCCCAAGGACUUUUAAAGUUUAAGUUGAAUUUUGCUGCAUUUUUCUUGUGGAUAAUAAUAAGCAUUUUUAAAAAGCAUUUUUUGUUAAUGAUAAGCACUUGAUGCCAAAUGUGGCAUAAUGAAGUUUAUAAGGGCAAAGAUUUUUUUGCCCCUUGAAUGGUAUAAUACAGUCCUUGCAGGUAUAAAUAAGAGAACAAAGGGGGCCAGCCCUGCUCUUAAUAGGUACCAUGGAUCCAAAAACAUCUUUAGACUUAGAUUAACUUGAUAUAUAUUAAAUCUCUGACAGAUAAGAAACAUAAUAGAUCUUUCUAAUUCAUCAAGUAAGUGUCUAAUACAGUAAACCACUCUGACUUAUGUCCCAAAAUAAUUGUUUUGGUAUAACUAUAUAGAAAAGAGCCACAAAAUUAAAAUUAAAAUUAUUCUGUAUAUCUCUGAAAAUAUAUACAUAAAUAUUUAAGUAUCACUAUCUCUUAGGAAACUAUUUUUAAAACAUGUUUGAGACUGUAAAAGGUAAUCCCCCCCUCCAUGUAAGUUAAGUUUGAGAGAUCAUUCAUAAUUGUUUGAUCAAGCGCCUGUCAUUUUAAAUCUUGUACUAAAAAUGGUAACAAGAAGGACCAAACUUUGCUGUGCUUUCCACUGCUAGAGCGGAGUUAUCUGGAUUUUUUUGAGUGUUUUAAAGAGUUUCUGCAUGGUAGGAAAUGGCCAAAUGUGAAAUAUUGAGGUUGGAGCUACAGCCCAUGAUCCAUUGAAAAGUUAGAUGCAAAAAUCUGGAGUCUAGAAAGGUAACAAACAGAAUCCCAUGUCGACCAUUUAUAUGGGGCUAGUGGAUAAGGAACAUGAGCAUAAUGAGGGUUACAUUUUGCAAAAAUAUAGUUGAAUUGCACCCAGAGGAGACUAAUAGGCAAGCUGCCAUCCUGAUCAAUUUGUGAUUCAAGGUUGGAGAGUGUGAGCAGCAGACCAGCCCCUGCAGUGAGAUACACACUCAAUCCAUCUCUGACUCUCACAGCAGCGUUUUAGCAACACUUCUCUUGGUGAGCAUAAAAGUCUGUCAUUGGACAUCUCUUUAUUUCAGCAGUGUGAAGGUGAAUGGAAGGCAGAGAGUUUGCCUUGGUACUGAUGGGUCAAACAUCCAGCUGGAUAAAGGAUCUUAGAAAUGACCACUGGGAUAGUCUGACCAAUCUCAUCUGAUAAGCAAGCUGAGGCCCAGGGCAGCAGUAGGCUGGCCCUCAGUCUCAUGGCUGGCUGAGGGCAGAUCAGGAGCCGAGGUGAUCUGCAUGUGCCCCAUCACACUUGGGGUGUCAAAUACCGGGAGCGUGUGCUAUUAUUUAGCUCCUCCCUGAACCAUGGCAGGAUAUUCUUGUCUAUCAAAUAGAUUCCAGGCCUGACCAACCUAUUGAAUCUGGCGUGUGUGAUAAAAUAAUUAGCCAUCCACAUAUGUCCUUGUUAAUACACCCCAUGGAACCCUUAUUUCCUUAUAGCACAUAUUCACAUACUGAAAGGCCCAAAGCAGGCACUCACGGCAGCGUGAGCGCCAUAGCACCGUGCAGGGAGCAUAGCAUGCAAACUUCUUCUUGAGAAUCGUUAGGAAAUACCUUCUUUCUCACUGCCAGUUCUUGAGUGUCUGUUUGUUCUUGUGUGGCCUCUUGAAAUCUGGGAAGGGACAAUAAAGUAAAAAGUUUCCUAAAGUUAGGUGCCUGAGACCCUGUGCCCUGGACUACUAGUGUUAGCUGUGACUCUGGUUCGCUGGAACUGCCCGCAUAGGGCCUGAAGCCCCCCAGUUGGCUGGACUGCUGGCCUGUUCCCAGUAAUCUGCUUUGGGCUUUGGGGUAAAAGUUGGUUUGAUGAAUCCCAACUCAGGAUUAAAGACUUUUGAUCUAUAUAUGGAACUUAUCUUGGCUCUGUUAUGUUCUCAGGCCCCUGGGGAGAUCAGCCAGCUCUCCAGCAUUAAGGAGCUGAUUUUUUGGUUGGGGAUCAGCUAUAUCUUUGGAUGUUCCUCUUUUCCAUUGUGCUUUUGAGCUCACUCAGCAUCAGCCUUUCACCUAAACGCACACUAGGGUGUUGGGAGAUGGAGCCAAAAUGAAGCAUUCUUCAUCCAUUCAAGCCUGUGUUCAUCUCUCCCACGUGUAUUUGCACAUCAAGGUUGCGGAGACAAACAAUGCGUGGCUCUCAUCUUUGAGGAGUUCAAAAUCCGGUAGUGAGAAUACCUGGUAUGGUGGAUACUUGUAACACAUCAUGGUAACUGCAGCAGGCAGGUACCAGCACCACGCUCCUGGAGCCCAGGAGGAAGACCCACAGAACCACGAACCUGAGGGAAGCCUUUAUGGAGGGUGUGACAAAAGUCAAUUUGACAUUUUCAAGCCAUGUACAAUGCCAUGCACCUUGCAGAUGCUAAAUAAAGUAAUUAUUGAC